AUUGGAUGAAGCGAAAUGCAGAGAAGAAGGAUAAUGGGAAAAGUAUCUGUGUUUGUGGUGUGUUUGGUUUGUGUAGUGGCUUUGGUUUCAGCUCAGAGUGCGAGCAAUGUGAGAUCUACGUACCAUUUGUACCAACCCGAGCAGCAUAACUGGGACUUACGCGCAGUGAGUGCGUAUUGCUCCACUUGGGAUGCUGACAAAUCCUUCGCAUGGCGCAGCAAAUAUCCUUGGACAGCUUUCUGUGGACCUUCUGGCCCUCAGGGAGAACAAGCUUGUGGCAGGUGUUUAAGAGUGACAAACACGAGAACGAACGCUCAAAUAACGGUGAGAAUCGUUGACAAGUGUGCCAACGGGGGCUUGGAUUUGGAUAUUAGUCCAUUCCAGACGAUAGACACAGAUGGGAAUGGCUAUGCGCAAGGUCAUCUUAUUGUUAACUACGACUUCGUGGACUGUGGUGACUAAGCACUUCCUAUAAUUAAUUGCCUCAUGUAUGUGGUGACACUAAAUUCAAUAAAGAAGGAUGUAGGAGUGGGUUAUUUCUUAUAACAAUAAUAAAAUAAAUAAAGGGUUGCUAUUAUAAAAA